UCAAGUUAGUUUACGCGGCGAGCUUUAUAGCAACCGUUGCCCCGAGUUGCAGCGCCAUAGUCACCGUAGUCCUGGCGACUGUAACCCACCAACAAUAACAACAACAACCUCCUCCUCUCCUCUCUCCAUCCUUACACCACCUUCCUCUCAUCCUCAUCCUCAUCCACACCAGUCCAGGCGCCAUGCAGACCCCCGAGGCCGGCGCUGACUCCUCGUCCAACACACUCCAGACCAGCGUACCUGUGCAGCCUGCAGUCAGCGGCCAGCAGGGGGCGUCUCAGCAGGCGCAGACUGUUCAACAGGUCCAGCAUGUGUAUCAAGCACAGGUGCAGUACGUUCAGGAGGAGAACAACAGCGUUUACACCAACGGGACCAUACGGACGUAUUCAUACUCAGAACCGCAGCUGUACAACCAGAACAGCGGCGGGAACUACUUCGACACGCAAGGCAGCUCGGGUCAGGUGAGCGCGGUGGUGACCAAUCACAGCAUGGCUAACAACGGCAACGGGAACGGCGCUCUGGGAAUGGGCCUAUCAGGAGGCCAGAUCAUCAGCAGCUCUGGAGCUUAUCUGAUUGGAGGAAACUCCAUGGAUGGCUCCGCCCCUCACUCCGCGGCUCAGACCACCAGAGCCUCCCCCGCCACGAUUGAAAUGGCGAUUGAGACGCUCCAAAAGUCUGAAGGUUUAUCCAGUCAGAGAAGUUCGCUGCUCAACAGCCAUCUGCAAUGGCUGCUGGAUAACUACGAGACGGCCGAGGGCGUGAGUUUGCCCCGAUCCACCCUGUACAACCACUACCUGCGCCACUGCCAGGAGCAGAAGCUGGACCCGGUGAACGCCGCGUCCUUCGGGAAGCUCAUCCGCUCCAUCUUCAUGGGCCUGCGGACCCGGCGCUUGGGAACCCGAGGGAACUCGAAGUAUCAUUAUUACGGGAUCCGUGUGAAGCCGGACUCUCCUCUGAACCGGUUGCAGGAGGACAUGCAGUACAUGGCGCUGAGACAGCAGCCCGUCCAGCAGAAGCAGAGGUUCAAGCCAGUGCAGAAGAUGGACAGUGUUUCGGGGGAGAGUUUCUCCAGCGGGGGGCAACACACACCCAGCGCCGCGGAGCAAACCUUCAUCGCUCAGAGCCAACACCAUCAGCAGUUCCUGGACGGGUCCAGAGCUCUGCCAGAGUUUGUUGAGCUGGACCUCGGAGAGCCUGUGGAAGACGUCGGCCUGGAGGACGUUAAAGCCCUUCAGACGCUGUACAGGGAACACUGCGAGGCCAUUUUGGACGUAGUGGUGAACCUUCAGUUCAAUCUAAUCGAGAACUUGUGGCAGACUUUCUGGCGCUACUCUCCCUCCAACACCGUAGAGGGCAUCACCAUCACAGAAAACAGUGGUGUGAGUGAGAUCGAGGGCCGUCUGCCGAGCGACACACUGAUCCUGCUCUGCCGGAACGAUGAUGUGCUGAAGUGGAUGAACACAUGUGAUCACCUGAUGUAUCAGGCCCUCGUCGAGAUCCUCAUCCCAGACGUUCUGAGACCCAUUCCUAGUGCCUUGACUCAAGCCAUCCGUAAUUUUGCCAAAAGCCUUGAGGGCUGGCUCACCAACGCCAUGAGCAGCAUUCCCCAGAGGAUGAUCCAGACCAAGGUUUCUGCUGUUAGUGCCUUCGCUCAGACCCUGCGCAGAUACACGUCUCUGAACCAUCUGGCACAGGCAGCGCGUGCCGUCCUGCAAAACACCUCACAGAUCAACCAGAUGCUCAGCGACCUCAACCGCGUGGACUUCGCCAACGUGCAGGAGCAGGCCUCGUGGGUGUGCCAGUGUGAGGAGGGUGUAGUUCAGCGCCUCGAGCUGGACUUCAAGGCCACCCUUCAGCAGCAGAGCUCACUGGAGCAAUGGGCUGCGUGGCUGGAUAACGUGGUCACCGAAGUCCUCAAGCCGUUCGAGGACAAACCCUCCCUCCCCAAAGCGGCUCGCCAGUUCCUGCUCAAGUGGUCCUUCUACAGCUCUAUGGUCAUCAGAGAUCUGACCCUUCGCAGCGCUGCAAGUUUCGGCUCUUUCCACUUGAUCCGACUGCUGUACGACGAGUACAUGUUCUACCUAGUGGAGCACCGAGUGGCCCAGGCCACGGGAGAGACGCCCAUCGGGGUGAUGGGAGAGUUUCAGGACCUGAACACCAUGUCCCCUGCCAACAUCGACAAAGAUGAUGUGAGCGAGAUGGACAGCGAUCUGGACGAGGACAUCGAGGAGUCGGACGAGCCUCUAGCGAAGCGGGAGAAAGCGGAGACUGAGGUGAUUCAGGUGCUUCAGGUCGGAGCCAUGGAGGACGGCACCAGCGCUGUGGUGGGAGUCGUCAAUCCCAGCAUGCUCAGCGCUUUACCCCCGGCCGAACACAUGCUCAGCUCCACCGGGACCAGCACCAUCCGCCACGUGGGAAACACAUACGCCUCGGUGUGAAAGCCUGUCCGUUUCCCUCUCAUCCCAUCUAUCGCUAUCAGUCCCAUAGAGACGAGCGCAUUUAGGCCACGCCCACACCGGGG